AUGAGCACUUCACGCAAAUACAAAGCCAUUAGGAAACGCCAUAUAGAUUGGAUGAUCUCGCAUAACAACCCAACUCCUAUAGAAUUCUUUCGUCUCAUCCAACCAAUACAUAAAUCUCGUGCGAUUGAAAAUGCAAUUCAGAUUGGAGAGUCAAUUUGUGACGAAAUCCAUGAAACGAAUAUGGGAGUACACCGAGAAUUAAAUGUCUUUGUCAGGAAUAAAGGAAAACAAAAGGAACAUGGAGAUAUCAACAACACUCUGAAACGCAAGUGGAAUGAUGUGUUGGACAUGACAGACAGGGUAAAUAUAAAUGAGCUCGAAGAGAAUCCUUUUCUGACUGCAUCUAAUGAGGGUGGCGACGAUGAAGAAGACGGGUUUGAAGGUCAAGGGGAUGACGAAAACAAUGAGAGAGACAGUGAUGUUAGGGAAGAUGAAUUGGAGAAACAGGCCAUGGAGACUCUUCAGGGCAAUGGGGAAUGGCUUGUGGGAUCUAAGAAAGUAAAUGUCAAGGAGAUUGACUUUGUUAAUUCAAGUCUUCGACGAGACGAAAUUGAAGAGAUGAGAAGAUUUGGACAGCCACUGCCCAAAAUUGAUGAUGACAAUAUCAAAAAAUUGGCUACGGAAAUGGCUAUGGCACCUGACUUCCGCAAGGCAGUGAACGAGAACUUUUUGCCGACCAGAGGCAGCAGUGAGAAGGAGUUUCUAUGGGAUUUUGCUUAUCAACUUGCAAACUCAUUUGAUCAGGGAGGAGAUCUUUUUGAUGAGAACCUCUCAGAACGAAUGUAUCAGGAAAUUUUUCUUACUCCAGUACUGGAGAGUCUAUUUCGGACAGAGCAUGAGAAAUUGGUUAUUUUGUUUGGCAAGGUGUGUUUGUUUGCCUCAGCAGAGGAUUAUGAUCUAAGAAAAACUGAUGCUGAGGACCAUAGUAGUGGAAGAAAGAUUGACAUCGUUUGGUCAACGAAACUGCCCAGGAAUGAAUUCGCUCUUGGGGAAGUCAGUGGUCCACCUAACCAACAGCAGCACCCACAUUAUUUUGGAGACAAGAUAAAGAUCGCCAAAAUGUUAAAAAUAAUGCUGAACAGAAUUGUACGAAUCUAUGGCGGAACAAGUGCUAGCCUUAGUCUGUUGAAACUUUAUGGGAUACAAUUUUACAAUCAUACUGCUAUCAUUUACGAAAUGUCUAUACCCUUCAAAGGGUUAUAUGUGUUUCGAGAAGUUUUGAGGACACAAUUACCAGCAAGUAAACGUAAUGUGGUCCUGUUGCGCCGAUGUGCAUCAAUGUUUCUUCUCUUUAAGGAGAUGCUCACACGAAGCCUAAAUGAUUUGGAGGCUUUUAUAGAGAAAGCUACCCUUAGUACACCACCUACUGAUGAUAAUGCGAACUCGUUCAUGACGCAAAUGAUGUAUACACCAGAAGGGAAAAAAAGUCGCAAAUGA